AUGGCAGACACAAAUUCUGUUGAAGUGAUUUUGGAUUUUCUGAGGAGGAACAGGUUCACCCGAGCUGAGGCGGCUUUGCGUAGUGAGCUCAGUAACUGUUCUGAUGUGAAUGGUUUCUUGCAGAAGCUUACAUUGGAAGAAAAGGACUCAUGUGGCGGGUUAAAGAAUGAUAAGGGGAAGCCUGUAGUAGAAAAUCAUGGGUUGGAUUCUCGUGACAGUGUUGAAGUUUCUAAAGAACUGAUUGUGAAGGAAAUAGAAUGUGGGACUGGUAGAAAUGCUGCAGAAAGCAAAUGGAAAACUGUUGCUCCCACAGGGGAAAGGAAUAAGUCUAAUGAGGUGGUUGGGACGAGUGAAAAAAACUUUACUUUCUCAAAGAGAUCGGAGGACAGUGUUCUUGAUUUGUACUCAUGGAAGUUUAAUCUCAGUAACGGUCCUGCGGAGCCUUUCCAAAACGAUGGUGGAAGUAGGCCCAAUAUUGCUUUGAAGGCCCCCGUAUCUCAACAAUCGAAGUAUCAAACUAUUGAAGCUCUUGAUGCAACCAACAGUACGGUGAAAUCUGGGGAGGCAAAUAAUGUGCCUGCUGAAAAAACAGCCUUGUGGCUUGGAAGUAGUGGUAAGUCCUCUACGCAACCAAAGUAUGACCUUAUGCAGAGCAAAGAACCUACGGAUCUUGAUCGGCAACUCAAAUUUAAUGCUUCAUCUCUUAAAGAGAACUUGACAGAUAAUCUCUUGUCAAGAACUGAUGAGAAUGUGAAUUCAUCUACAGACCUGUGGAAAGAUUGUUCGAUCAAGACUGUUUUCCCUUUCUCAAAGGGAGAUGUGUCUACAAGCUACAACGGUUCAACCUAUUCUGACAGACAAGAGGAGAAGAAAAGGACAGAAAACAGUGAUGUUAUGGCAUCAAUAAAAGAGCAAGUGGAUGAAGUGGGAAGAGCUCUUUACUUUGGAAAGUUGCAAGGAAGUUCUGGUAGCUUAAGUUUUCCUCUUGCACAGGAGAAACAAAAGGAAGAGUUUCCUAGGCUUCCUCCUGUAAAAAUCAAGUCAGAAGAUAAGCCCUUGACUUUUAAUUGGGGAGAUAAGGUUGAAUGUGAUGGACUGGCUAUGAAACUCACUGGUGCUGACAACUCCAUACUUAUUGGGUCAUAUUUGGAUGUCCCUAUUGGACAAGACAUUAAAACUACAGGUUACCAUUUUACAUACAUUGUUAAAUUAUUAAAGUAUAUGCAUAUGCCCUCAACUUUUUUGGCAUUUUAA